CUGGAGAGAGGGAAGAAGCAGCGCUCAGCAUUUCGCUGAUUUUCAAGUGCACACCGAGCAGCGCGUCAGGCAGCUUUGGGUCAGAACACGCCUGAUUCGGACUUCGGGCGAAGGCAGAGGCCAGCACGGGUCACCGAUUCAGAGCCGGGGGCGGGGCCGACCACACACGCUGUGAGACCCAGAGGCCGAGGAGCUGCGGGUUAGAAAAUGUGACCCUGGCGACCCCAACGCCCCCGCCUCCCUCGCUGCUGCUCCACCUGCACGCGGAGCACGCCGAGCCGCCAGCGGAGGCGAUGGCCAGCCCUGCGCCCUUAGUGGCCUCCAUCAGCCACCAAAUGGUGGCUCUGCAGACCUUGCAGCUGCUGCAGCAGGAGUGGGGCUGGGGGGACGGUCUAGGCGUCCCCGGGAACCCGCGGGACCCAGACCACGUGUCCACCGCUCCAGCCCGUGGCUCAGGCCCGCCGCGGGCCCGGCCGGGGCCCCGGCGCGAGGAGCAGGGCGAGGGCGUGGGGACCAGGAGUCGGCGGACUGCGGCGCGGGCGAACUCUCCAGAGGAGGAGGUAGUGCGAGGCGCUGAGGGGGGCGCCGAGUUGCUGCCCUUCCCCCGGGACCGCAGGCCCUGCACCCUGGCCCGGAUGGCGAUGCGCAGCGCGCUGGCCCGCGUGGUGGACUCGACUUCGGAGCUGGUCAGCGUGGAGCAGACGCUGCUGGGGCCCCUCCAGCAGGAGCGGUCCUUUCCCAUCCACCUGAAGCUUCAACUCCUGGCUAAUGAGUGAAGAAGGUCACUGUAGGAGUGUGAGGACCAUCAGGAGCUUCAUAUUUCAAUAACCAGUGCCAAAUUCUGAAUGCCAGAUGGGAUGAGAUGGGAUGUUAAACCGCUUCUUAUUACCACGUUGUUGGCCUCCAUUGCCUUUGUAUUGUUCUCCAAUUGCAUGGUCUCUGUGGAUCUCUGACUUCUUAUUACCUCUGAUUGGAAUGUGCCACAAAUCAUCCUGCUUUCUUUAUCCUCUCUCACCUCCAAGUAAUCCUGUCAUCUUGCUCCAGUUAGAGCUGCUUCCAUUAAGAAGAUCGUGACAAAUUCUCUCCCUACCCCUGUUUGCUCUUCAGGAAAAUUAUCCCCUGGAAAAGUGGAUGUUAUAGUCGCUUUUCAGAAUGUAUUGUCUGAAUUUCUUGUCUUCCAACAUUCUCCUAAGCCAGUUACCUUUGCAUUGAAGUAGAAUUCAAAAGGAGAUAGAGGUUCUGAAUUUCUUCCUUUGACCAGAUGGAAGUCAUUACAUCAGAAUGCUGAUGACUGCAAAAUCUUGGACGUAUUGUUUUCACAAUUAGGAAAUGGCAAACACAAAGUUCUUCAGUGCAAAGCCAGCAUGCGAGUUCAGCUUCCAUUUGCUGCUAUAAAUUUUGUUCUUGUUGCUGCCAGUAAACACCAACUGUUCAAGUGAAAUAGUAAAUCCAAAUGUGCCUGUUGGAUGAGAGUAAAAAAAUUAUAUGCUGCAUAAAUGCUGAUGCAAAAGGAUUUUUCAACACACUAAACCAGGGUAGGGAAAGGAACCGAGAAAGAAAGCUGAACUGAAUGCAGCUCUCACUAAGAACUUCUUGGUAAAAGCACUAAAAAAGCUCUUGAUAGAAUGUUGAUUCAACAUACUGUUUAAACCUCAAGGAAAAAAACAAACGCAGAAUUGGGAUAUCAGCCUUAGGAUAUCUGCUUAAAGUCCUACUUUGAGCUUUCAUCAGGGUUACCAAAGAAGGCGUACAUAGAUUGUUACAAAUCAGAGCAAAGAAAAAUCCCAAAGUUCCCUCAAAACUGAUGUGGGCACUUGGCCCAGAAGUUGUUUGCUAAUGAUCAGUCUAACAGCUGAAAGUCAAAGUCAGUAGCUAGUACCAUCUGCAAUAGGAUUUAGGAAGUUUUGAUCUCACAAAUUUACUGUAAGGCUAAUCAAUGAAUGUUUGUACUCAGGUCUCCCUACAGUUAAAUUUCAUGUGUAACUGGAAUUACGAUUCAAAGAGAUAGUUUCAUAAAUGGUCCCUGAAAUUUAAUUUUGGAUUACCUAAGUUUACAAUGGAUUCUCUUCUCCUUUCCCCAAUAUUUUUCUUACGCAGAAAAAAAAAAAAAAAUUCCUGUGUGAACUUGGAGCUGGCUGCCCUGAGUCCCAGGCUCUGAUUUGAUUCUGAUGCUCCAGAGCCUGCUUUCUCAUGUAGGUAGUAAUGCCCAACCCGCUGGGUCAUUGUGAGGGUUAAACAAGAUAAUACUUGUUAAAUGCCUGGCACAGCCCUUGCACAUAAAAUGUCCUUAAUAAUAUUAAUUCCCCUUCCAGAUUAGACUUUGCAAACAAAUGAUUGAAAAACAGAACAUUCACGUGGAUUGGAUUCUCUAGCGUGAUAAGGCUCCAGGCCAAGAACCAUGCAGUAAAGAUCUUCCAAACCAAAGUAUUUCAGCCUCUGAGAAUGGCUAGGGCUUAUCUUCGCGGCUAAAAUAAGCAUUUUAAUAUAAAGCAGGCUUUUUUCUUCAUUUUCUUAUGGAAAGGAAAGCAUUUUCAGAAUAAUGGUUAAAAUCUGUCCUUUGUAGAUCUGAAAAUGUGAGCAAGUUUCAUACCAAAGUCAAGAUCUACUGAAAGUGUUAGAUGAAUAUAUAAGGACCAGAUGCUGCUGUCAAAAAUAAAACAGAUGCUGGUGUCUUGAAUGCCUCCAUGUGCCAAAGCUGAGUUCUUUGACUUAUUUUUGUCAUUGAAUUAAUUGGUAUAUCUGGUUUAAUUGGCCAAAUUGUUUUUGCUUAAAUGUUCACGUUUUCAUUGUUAUACUGAUAUAGUCAAUGUUUCUGAGGGUACAGAAAAUACCAAUAUUGGCAAAUAUAUGUGUUCAGAAGAAGAAAAAUUGUUCAUUUCCAGAUCCCAGAUUUAUGGCAAUUUAAAAAUAUAUAGUAAAGUGUUGGUUUCUCCUUAUGGUUA